GGUCCAUUGCAAUGAAUGAGCAGAUCUCUCAAAUGUUUUAUUUUUUUGGGGCAGAAUCUGACUGAGUUCAACACGGCUCAUAACAAGCGCAUCUCCACCCUCACCAUAGAGGAGGGCAACCUGGAUAUUCAGAGACCCAAGAGGAAGAGGAGGAACUCCAGAGUGACCUUCGGUGAAGAGGAUGAGAUCAUUAACCCAGAGGACAUCGACCCCUCUGUUGGACGUUUCAGAAACAUGGUCACAACAGCUGUGGUUCCUAUUAAGAAGAAGAAAAUGGGCGGAGGCAAUGCGCUGGGAAUCGAGGAAACCAUGACUCGACACAUCCACAUGUUCCCUUUGCAUGGUGGACUCUACAGAGACCUUCCCCCGGCCAGUCACGAAACUCAAUCCACAGGAGCGCCCGGCGGAGCCACAAUCCUGGGAGGACUGCCGUUACCCCUGCCCAACCCGGCCCCGGAUGUAGACCUGGCCCAGGAGGCCCCGCCGCCUCCGCUCGUGCUCAACCCCACGCCGCUACCCGGCCCCUACAUCUCCGACCCUCUCAGCGAACCCCGCAAGAAGAAGUACGCUAAAGAGGCAUGGCCUGGCAAGAAGCCCACGCCGUCUCUGCUCAUCUAGCUGCGUGUAACUAAUACAAGACUCUUCUAUACUCAUGAACUCUAUCUUGAAGAAUCUGGCAAACAGACUUUGAUUUCAACUGCGCUACAGGAAUCUGAUUUAAUGCAAGAAAUCUGUAAUUUUUAAAAGAAAAUCUUUCCUCCUAAAAUGAGCAUUGGCUCACUCUCAUGUCAUUCCAGAUGCAUAGUACUUUCUAAAUUCAUUGAAAUGCAAAAGGAAGAAUGUCCUCAUUUACACCGUUCUGUGAAAAAAAAAAAAAAAAGCAGUGCAUUGACUUAUUUCGCUCCGUUCCUCACACAGAAUAAUCUGGUCUUUUUCAUUUUUUCUGUCAAAAGAGCUGCUUGGACGUUGUGCGUUAGAUCUUUUGUGUUUCAUAGGAACGUUGCAAUGACAUGAGGGUGAGUAAAUGAUGUAAUUUUAAUGCAUUUUGAUUGAUCUAUUUCUUUAAAAUGCCUGCUUGAAAGUGCGAGCCGAAUGGAAAGCAAACACAAGUACAUAACCUGAUCCAAACAGCAAAAUGUCAUGUUUAGCUUAAGAUGGCAGGGGGGUUAACUUUUAUAGAGUACUCUCUUUGUUUGUUUUUUUUUUACUCUCUUUACUCUUUAUGUAAAAUGUUCUGAAAAUGUACCAUUAGACGGCAAGAAGUUGUUUCAAACUAGCUGUUUGGCCAUCGCACUUCAACAUGAGCAUCAUUAAUGCAGAUGAUCGAUCUGGCAGAUCUUCCACAAACCCUGUAUUUGGUUUCAAAACUGACGAAGUUCUGCAAUAUUGUAACACUUUACCUUGUGAAGAUCUUUUUCCUCUGCUGUUCCACACUGUAUUAGUUUCUUACACUUGUUCCACUUAAUAUACAAACCGAGGGCAGCAGCGUUUCAAAUUAACUGUUAGUUGAUGGUUCAUCAGGGCUCAAUGUAUACGGUCUUCACUGUUAAAGAGAGAAAGAAAAAAAAGUUUUAUACUCAUGUUCUGUUUGGUGCAUUUGAUGUUUGUACAUAUCAUUCACAAUAAAAGCCAGUGUAUUUUUAUAUA